AUGGGCAGCAUAAUAUGUUCAGUAACAGCUCUUGUCGGUAACACAAUCGUUAUACUCGCUCUUUGGCGCAGUAAAUCGAUGCACUCCGCUACAAAGGCACUGUUCUACAGUCUUGCCAUCUCCGAUCUCGCGACAGGACUGACUCAGCCCUUAUUUGUUGCAUAUCUGUUGGGUGCCGCUUGGGACAACGCAUGGCUUUACUGUACCGUGGGUUUACCGUUCAGUCUGACGACUACUUUCUUUAGUAUGGUGUCUCUAUGGACGCUGAGCAUUAUCGCUGUGGAUAGAUAUCUCGCUCUUCAUCUCCUCACGAGAUACAAGACAGUGGUUACUGUCAAACUUAUUGUUCUUGCUUUAGUUUUGGGCUGGCUCAUCAGUGCCUUUUGUACGGUCUCUGUAAUUUUUACUGUUAAAUUUAGACAGAUAGUCAGUGAUGUUGUGGUUUUUAUCUGUAUUGUCAUUUCCCUGUAUUUUUACGGAAGGAACUACCUAACUUUACGACAGCAAAAACUUCAUGUACAAGCACUGCGCUCGUUUCAAAUGGAACAUUAUCGCAAAUCUCUAAAUAGCAUGUUUCUGAUAUUCUGUUUAUUUUUGCUAACUUAUGUUCCUAUAAUCUCUAUCUUCGUUUUUGUUAUAAUCGAAGGUUUUGGUAGCACAUCGCUUUUUAUAGUAGAUAUAUUGACAUUGAUCGUUAUAGCGAAUUCAUCGAUAAACCCUGUUGUGUAUUGCAUGCGAGUUCGAGAUCUGAAGGUAGAGGCAAUACGUGUCAUCCAAAGCAUUUUCUUAUGUUGGCCAGUUAUUUGGUUUAAAAAGAAAAAGGUGGCUCCUCUUCCAGCAUAA